AUGUUGGGAUCAAAUGGCAAUUAUAAGAAAUUUGUUGGACUCAAGACCUAUAACAAGAAUCUGAAGACAUUAAUAGCAAUCGGCGGUUGGAAUGAAGGCUCCAAAAGGUUCUCAAAACUAGUCGCUUCUCCUGAACUCCGACAGACUUUUAUCAAUAGUGCCCUUAAAUUCUUGAGAGAACACAACUUCGAUGGCCUCGACUUGGAUUGGGAAUAUCCCGGUUUCAGAGAUGGCAGCUCUUCGGAUGACAAACAAAAUUAUGCCACUUUUAUCAGAGUAAGC